AUGCAGCAAAAUCUACACGAUAAUUUUAAUCUGCACAAAAAAUUAAAAGAAACCUCAGGCAUUUACAAAGAACCAAAUCAUUCCUUUCUUGUUAACGAGAACAAUGAAGAUGUAUUUGACACAAAUGUGAAAAAGAAGAUUUGGGUAAGAUAUAUAUCCGAUGCCUUUAGUGACAGCAUCAGACCAAACGAGAUACCACUGCCACAAACAGUAUCCGGGACACCGAUAAGUAGAGAUGAAGUAGUAUCUGCGCUCAACAGCAUGAAAGAAAGAAAAGCGGCAGGACCAGAUGGAGUGCCGGUUGAAAUCUUAAAACUAAUCGGUGGUGACAAUAUUCAAGUUCUGGUGCAACUCUUCAAUUAUGUCUAUGAUACUGGAACGUGCGCUCGCGAUAUAAAAUGUAGGCACAUGAUGUCGUCACUCACUAUGAAAGGGAAAGUCAUAGAAGACGGUCGAGCUUAUGAAGUGUAUACUUCUCAAAAAGAAAUAGAAAAAAUUCAGAAAAAACUCAACGAUGAAGUGUUAGUGAAUUCGAUAGUAAAAAAGUUGGAGAGGGGUAAUGCAUCAGCGCAGCCGAUUUUGAUUGAUACUGCAUCGUUCAAUCGGGAGGAACUGCAGGAAUACAUUGCCAUCUCCAAGAAAAUCGAGCGCCUCGUGCAGUUAAACAAAUAUUGUCAAUCGCUUAAUAAUCCAACACCACUGAAAGCCAUUAUGACUCAAGCGGAGCUUUUUGAGUGCUCAUUUGAUAAUGACCGUUUUUAUAUGCCGCUUGAGGACGAGGAAAUAUUUGGUCCACGCCAAAUUACUGAUCUGGAUGCAUCAAAUAGCAGUGAGAAUACCACGCAGUGUAAUGAUGAGCAUGUAAAUGCAGAUGCCGGACCAUCGCGCGGUGCUACUCCCAACAAAUUACCUUGUACGGGCAGUGUAAUCGAAAGUUUUAACACACAAAUGUCAGACUCCUUCGGUUCACCGCCUCCACCGUAUCAGGAACUCGAUUCAGCCAAAUCAUGUUGUGAAAAGACAGAACCAGAGGUUUCCACCAGCAGCACCGAAGAACUGCGAAGAAACAAUGAACAGUGUGUGGUUGAGAAGCAAAAGCCAAAAGAAAAGACACAUAAAUCGAAGGAUCAACUUAAGUCUGCUCCACCAGUACCGCCAACGACAACGUCGAAAGGCAAGAAAUCACCAAAUCGUCCACGCAAAUCAAAUGUUAAGCAAUUGGUGCAACUGUUCGACUCAAAAAUAUCCCAAUUGAUGUGUCAUGACUUGACCGAGAAAAAAGAUUCUAAAUCGUCGAUUGCAGAACUAGCCUUGAAUAAGUCCCAGCAAGUUGAAGAGUUGUAUAUUAGCAAGCUGACUGUUGUGCUCAAGCCGACUCCAAAACAGGGUAGUUGUUUACCAAAGCAACGUGUUGCUCCACGACCACUGCUACGUAAAUUGCGAAAGCGCUGCCGUGACACAGUAACCUCGAUGUUCUUCGAUACGUAUAGACCACCAAAGAAAAUACAUCGCACUUGGAUCGAAGACUUCCAGCCAAAGGCGAUCAUUCGGUAUUUGCAGAUUGGUUUGCUCUGCGAUUGGAUCAUAAAGAAAUAUAGUGUCAGUUUUGAUAUCACCACCGUAGAAAGCAGUGAGGAUUCUUUCAGAAAUGCUGGCGAAAUAAAUACCGCGAAAUUUUUAGUCAAAUUGAAAUUGAAGCCACCCGAAAAUGAGCUUCAGAAAUCGCACGAUCACAAUUCGGCCGCCUUGAGCGAACAUCAGUUGCGUGUGCAGGCCUCACUGCAGCGUCUCAACAUCCCCGACUGGUUCCGACAAUACAAUCAGAGCACAUCACGUUCGCCGGAAGGUAAUACGGCUGCUUACAAACCGGGUAAUUUCACGCGCAAACGCACCACAGAGUCUGGCCGUUGGGCGGGACUCAACUCGAAAACUACAUCACUCAGUUCACUUGGCUCACAGCGUUCCGAUCGCAGUCCACUAUUGCUCAGUCCCUCGGCGCAUAGUCAUCAUGGUGGACAGGUGGCGCAACAGCCUGGUGCCACCACCACGAGCGCUUACGGCACAGGCGGUGGUGCAGGCGCAUUUUCACGUUGGUCCACCUCGCAUUUGAAUUCGUCACAAACAUCACCCAGCGUGUCGCAACGUGGCUCCUUCACACGUGGCGGUCCAAUCAACUCCAGUUUCAUAUCGGUGGCUAGCGGACAAAGUAGUGUGAUAAGAAGUUCCUACCGGCAGCCAUAUUUGGGUUGGCGCAGUACGGAGAAGUUGUCACAGCGCACUCCCCAUGAACGCUUGGCUUCGUCAUUAAUCGCGCAACAGCAACGCACAUCGCCCACACAAAGAAAUGCUAGCGGCGCCGCGAACGGUGACAAUGGCAAAUUGCUGCCAGUUACACCGGAAAUACAGAGCUCCAUUAAGGAGGUCACAUCGGCGAUUGUGCAUUAUGUCAACGAUCAGACGCAACAACAACAGCGCAGUAGAUCGGCGAGUCCCAACUCGAGAAAAUGUUGGCUUGAAUCCUCAUUUGUUGGUAUACGCCCACUGGACUCACCACAAACACCGGUCAUCGAGAAUACAGCAACAGCAUUUAGUAGCGCUACCAACACCAACAACAGCGUCAGCAGCAGCCAGUACAACAACUACAAUUAUAAUUACAAUUACAAUACGAAUAAUUCAUCAUCAAAUACAUUAACGGCAAUAACAACACCAAAUAGUGUUGGUGGCAUUGGUAUUACCACAGCGAUCACCACAAAUCCACAUGUGUUACGCAUGAACGGCCUUAGUAUCGUUGGCGGUGCGCCAGAACGCUCGUUGAGCACCGCAUCGCUAGAAGAUGUCUUAGCCUCACUAUUAGGACUGCCAUCGUCGUCAGCGUCAAGUGGUGGAGUGCAGGGCGUGAACGUGGGCGCUGGUGCGGGUGCAGGUGUAGGCGCUAGCGUCGGCGUCGGCGUCAACGUCAACGCGGGGCCAUCCUCCACAAGUGAACCGUACGCUAGGUCCACGACGACAGGCGAUUCAGCUAGUCAGUCUCUGGUCACUUUCCGUCAUAUGCCACAGCAGCUACAGCAGCCACAAAACCCCCAGUCCCAGUUACAACUACAACAAUCCCAACAGCAACUCUUAGCGCAACUACAGGCCGAGCAGCAACGCUUGCGGCGACGCAGUGAGGGCGAUGCACCGCAACAACAAAAACAACAACAACCAUCACUCCACAACCAAAAUGCCAAAACCAACUCGUCAGUCAGCAACACCAUCGGUCUACCGACGCACACCAACGCUGGCAACCACCCAGCCGACAGCAACGCGACCGUUAUCGGUGGAGGCGGAACUGGAAGUGGCAGCGGUGUCAUCGGCACCGGGAACGCCACUUUGUCGACGCGCCGUGUCUCGCUCGGCGACAGUUCCGAGUCCAAUAACAAGACCACAUCCGAGUUGCAGAUCAAGUGCCGCAACACCAAGUGCGAUCGUAGCGCCACGCCCGCGGACGCCAAAAAGUAUUACAAGUCAUGCCACAAUUGUACCCAUUUAUAUUGUUCGCGUGAAUGUCGACGCGCCCAUUGGGAGAAACACCGCAAGGCAUGUCUGCACUCACGUGCGUCGAAUUUGUGCCGCCAAGUGUUAGCCACAUGCAAGGACGAUGUGGACUCGCAACGCCAUCUCAGUUUAUUGGCACGCAAAGGCUUUCUGUCACAGGGUCGCGGUGUUGUGCGGGUGCUCUUCCGUUCCGCCGAGGCGGCUGAGAGUUUCAUCAAGCACGGCUUUCAGUGUAUGGGCGAGGCGUCCUAUGUGCGUUGGCCCGAUCUGAUGCCCGCCGAAAUGGGUCUCGAGCUGUACUCGGAAUUGCUUAAGCUGAGCACCGAAUACAAGCCUGACUCGAAGAUGCUCAUCUAUGUGGCCAUAUGUGUGGUCAGCGAAGCGCCGGGCAUGGGACAGGCGCCAGUACGCUGGGAACGCCAGCUGGUCUCGCGUUGUGCCAAACUGAAACUCUGCAAGAGCAUCCUAGCCGAGCUGGAGCAACAGCUACAGGCCCUCCAACAACAACAGCCACAGCCACCGUUAACUGUGGUGGCUGUGCCAGAACCCACCACCGAGAUACUCAUACUCACAUUCAAUCCCAGCUUACGUUCGAAUGCCAAUCAAGGCGAACUAAUACUCUCAAAUAUAUUGGAUAUAUUGUCAAGACGUGGCGUACUAUUACGCAAACAUUACCCAGAGAUUUAUCAGCGCCUACAAACCUACACCGAUGGACAAACAGAGAAAUUCAAUCCGGUAACACUACAUCCGCGUGACUCACAAACAGGCAAGAGCUUCGUCUGCAUCAUUAUGCCAGUACAUUCGUCCGACAGCGACGUUAUCAAGUUGCCGUCUGCGUCGGAUGGCGGCAACCGUGUGACCACCAUUGAUGUUGGCUCACCAGCAGCUUUGGCACAACUUGAUGACGACGAGCUGCUUACCCGAUCUACGAGUUGAUUUUUAAAAAGCAAUGGUCGAGGCAGUACAAAGAAACGCUCAUCAUCGGCGGGCGCUGCCAAUUCGACGGCGUCGGAUUUGUUAUUAUUGACAGCAACAGCGGAUGGAGCCGCCGGCUCUUUAACGUUGGAGAGCACGCGUAUGUAGAGUGUGGGUGUGGGUGUGGGUGCGGAUGUGGAUGAGACUGGAACUAGUUUGCGGUCGUAUCGGAUCGAAGUAUGCAGCUUGUAUAGUAAUUAAGAAAGUUUAUUGUAAUACUUAUAACUACAUACAUACACACACAUACGUAUAUAUAGUCUUAUAAUCAAUCUCUCUUAUAGCCUGAAAUACGCAUACAAAGAUGCUUCCCUUUUCGCUACACUUGAAAA